AUUCGAAUGUAUUAUUAUAUGUAUGGACAAGAUAAUGAUUUGACUUUUUUCAUUAAUUACGUAUCUAUUUCGACCAUUCAAUUGGCAAAGUUACAUAAGACAUCGAUUAGGAAAACAUAUAAAUGUAGAAAAGUUUGUAAAUUGGUUUCUAGUUUUAAAUACGUAGUCGAUGGGGAACAUCGAAGUACAAGCAGAUGAAUUUUUGUUGGUUUAUUUUUUAGCUCAUUUGUAUGUUUAUGACUCGAUAAAAGUUCUUGAUAAUUGAAAAUGACAAAUCUAACUGAAGUUAAAAUGAUUAAAUUCACACUAACACUUUUUAUUGUAGCCGCAUUUUUGAUUGCGGACUGUUACUCAGAUCCAGUGGUACGUAUAAGGUUUUUUCAAAAUGAAGAAUGUCUCAGAACAUGGAAGCAAUAAAAAUUGAAGGAAAAAAAACGAAAAGAGUAAAAAAAUGUUUGAAUAACUUUUGAUGAAUUCUUAAAGAUGAAUAUGUUUCGCCAAAAGAACUACCAGGCUGAAAAACAUGCUGUAAAAGCUAAAGAUGGUUAUAUAUUGACUAUGCAUCGAAUUCCAAAUCCAAAUCGUCCACCCAUCCUUCUAGUGCAUGGCCUUGCGGACAGUGCAAAGGGAUAUUUACGACAUCGCUCUAAAUCAUCAACGGCAUUGGAACUUUUCGAACUUGGUUAUGACAUUUGGAUGGUAAAUGCUAGAGCCAAUAUAUACUCACGGCAACAUAUCCACUUGAAUGCAAGCGAUCCACAGGUGAAUGGCUUCAAUUGGGCGGUUUAAAUAAUUUAGUACCACA